AUGCAGUUUUCACCUCUCGUUAUUGAAGAAUACAACGCCUUGAAAGGUGAGAAAACUAAACGAAGACUUUGGGUACAAUAUGCUGCUAUCAUCCUGCCCGUUGCCAUGAGCCAUUUUACCUGUUCCAGAAUUUGUGAGUGUGUUUAUUUUGUCUGGCAUUUCAGUGUGGGUGCUCUGGCUAGGGUGCCAUGCUACUUACUUGAUGUGUCGUAUUCUCGGCGCACCUCCUGGCGGGGUGUCCUCAGGUCGUUUCGGCGUCGACUGAAGCUUCGGGGGCGUAGUAGCAACUACCACCGUCAGUCACCGCCACCCUCCACGCAGGCUCGCCCCCCUAGCCGAUAG